AAAUGUAAGACAAGAUGAAAGAAUUAUAGGUGUGAAGAUUAAAGGAGCAUCUUAUAAGUUAAGAGCCUUUGCAGAUGACCUGAUGCUGGUCUUGGAAGAUCCGUUAAAGGGAAUUGAAACUUUAAUGGCCAAACUGAAAGAAUUUGGUACAGUAGUGGGCAUUAAGCAGUCUAUUAAUUUUCUAGGUCUUCAUCCUCCAGGCCCUCCACUGGCAAGACAAAUUCUUCCUCGAGAGAGAGGCACAUUGGAUAGAAUUGUUGAAUAUCUAGUUGGAGACGGUCCACAAAACAGAUAUGCGCUUAUAUGCCAACAAUGUUUCUCACAUAAUGGAAUGGCUUUGAAAGAAGAGUUUGACUAUAUUGCAUUCAGAUGUGCCUACUGCUUUUUCCUGAAUCCUGCAAGAAAAACGAGGCCACAAGCUCCGCGACUCCUUGAUUACAGUGCUGAAAAGAAGCAGCCUACCGAGUUGCAGAAAACUGCAGAAUCACCAGAGUCGGAGGAAGAGAAGCUACAAGAGAGCCAAAUGGUUGACGAGCCUCUAGAAGACGACCCCCCAGUUACUGAGACGGACCAGGGAGAGGACAAAGCACUGAGCACUGAGGAGCACGGUGACCAGGUGGAGGGGGAGGCCGAGACGGAGCAGCUAGCCAGCGAAGGCACCUCUGCAGUGGCAAAACACGAGUCUAUUGUUCCAGCUGACCAAAGAGAAGAACUUCUGGCAGAUGCCGAAUAAGUGCCUAACCAUUUAGAGCUAUCUUUCUUUCAGUUGUUAGUUUUCAGGUGGGUUGUUUCCUAAGGCUUGAUUGUGUUUUCACUCUUAUGAGUGCAGAG